UUACACGCCAGGGAUCGGGUGGGCGUUGAAGACUUUGUCUUAUUAGAGGACUACACGAAUCCAAACGCUUUCAUCGAUAAUCUUAAAAAGCGUUUCAAAGAAAAUCUAAUUUAUACAUUUAUCGGACAAGUUUUGGUUUCGGUUAAUCCGUACAAGAAUUUGGAUAUUUAUUCCAAUGAGAUCAUUGAAAAGUACCGAAAUGUCAACCUUUAUGAGUUGCCGCCACAUAUUUUUGCAAUUUCUGACGUCUCUUAUCGUUUGAUGAGAGAGGAGUCCAGAGAUCAAUGCAUUUUAAUCUCUGGCGAAAGUGGUUCAGGAAAGACAGAGGCGUCCAAAAAGAUUCUCCAGUAUUUGGCGGCCGCCAGUCAUCACAACCCGACCGUUGAGUCCGUCAAAGACAAACUCCUUCUUUCAAACCCAGUAUUAGAGGCGUUCGGAAACGCGAAGACAAACAGAAAUGACAACUCGAGUCGCUUUGGAAAGUAUAUGGACAUUGAGUUUGAUUACUUGGGCUCUCCAUUGGGCGGACACAUCAAUAACUAUCUGUUGGAGAAGUCGCGAGUUAUUCAUCAGAAUAAAGGCGAACGAAAUUUCCACAUAUUUUAUGAGUUACUGAACGGCGCCGACGACGAGACUCUGACCAAACUCUUCUUGAGAAGAGACCCUCAGAGCUAUUUCUAUCUGAAUCAGGGCGACAGCGAAGAGAUCACCGGAACUGAUGACUCCAAACAGUAUACUGUCGUGAAGAAUGCUUUCAAAGCGUUUGACUUUGGAGAGAAAGAACAGAAUACCAUUCUGUCGAUCGUAUCCUCAGUUCUUCAUAUGGGAAACACAGGCUUUUAUGAAGAGGAUGGGCAGGCAGUGAUCGCUCAACUCAAGACUGUGUCACACAUUUGCAACCUAUUGCAGUGCAAGGAGGACCUCCUGCAGCACGCCUUCACCAACCGGACCAUUGAGGCGAGG